UCAGCUCUGAGGAGGAAGGUCGCAUAGAUCAGCGGAGAGGAGAGGGAGAGAGAGAGAGAGAGAGAGAGAGAGAGAGAGAGAGAGAGAGAGAGAGAGAGAGCGAGAGAGCAAGAAAGGGUGCCCCAUCCGCGGAUGAUCCGGAGGAAUCCAGACAUCCACUAACUUAUGGCCGCGUGAGAGACUCCGUCUUUCUCCACCUCCUCCUCUCCCCGUCUCAGGGACCUGCGGGCUCCGAGUUCUCGCCAGAUCUGUUAGACAUAAACUUUUGCUUUUCUCCAGUCGUCUUUAAUCACUCGAUCCACGCGUUGUGUGGACGACGCAGGCGGUCAUGGAUACCCCUAUCAAGUGGAAAGUAAAACGGAGGCUAAAGCGCGCUCAGCUCACUUUAGCGAUAAUUCUGCUUUUUGCAACCUCACGGGCCAGCUCAGUGGAUCCUGCGGAUCUCCUGAAGAUUUUAGAUUUUCCCAGUUUGCCAGAUGGCGUAACGAAAACCACAGGCUUCUGUGCUCACAGGAGGUCAGCGAAGGGGCCCGACGUAGCGUACAGAGUGAGCAAGGAUGCCCAGCUCAGCGCCCCUACCAAGCAACUCUACCCCUCAUCCACGUUCCCUGAGGACUUCUCCAUUCUGACCACGGUACGGCCUAAGAAGGGCAGCCAGACCUUCCUGCUGUCCAUCUAUAACGAGCAGGGCAUACAGCAGCUAGGCCUGGAAGCGGGGCGCUCCCCUGUCUUCCUCUACGAGGACCAGCACGGAAAACCGGGCCCAGAGGACUACCCGCUCUUCAGAGGAGUGAACCUCGCCGACGGAAAGUGGCACCGCGUAGCCAUCAGUGUCCACAAGCAGAGCAUUACGAUGAUCGUGGACUGCAAGAAGAAGACGACCCGGCCCCUGGCACGCAGCGUGCACCCUGUCCUGGACACCCGUGGCAUCGUGGUCUUCGGCACACGCAUCCUCGACGAGGAGGUGUUCGAGGGUGACAUUCAGCAGCUCAUGAUUGUAGCAGACCACCGUGCUGCAUACGACUACUGUGAACAUUACAGCCCAGACUGUGAAGUCCCUGCGCAGGACCUGCCUCAGAACCAGGAUCCCAACACCGACGAAUACAACACGGACGAUGACAACUAUUACUACGAAUACCCUUACUAUGAAGACAUGGACAUGGAGAAGGCGGAGGGCCUGUCUCCCACCCCCGAGGUGGUUGACACGGGUGACGCCACUGACACCAGGGAAACCAUCACUACCAUCACUGGCGGAUUAGGCUCUUCGUCCUCCUCUUCCUCGUCGUCAUCUUCGUCCUCCAGCGGCAGUAGAGGCAGCAGCUCCACCACAGCAACCGGUGAGGACACGUACGACAACUACGACGGCUACGAGAACGGCUACGAGACGUACUACGAGGAAUUCACGACGUCUCCCGAGCCCUCGCGCACGGCCACUGUCACGGGGACGAGGACGGGCGGCAACGUGGACCUGGACCUGGGAGGAGACGUGGAGAAACACACCCGGACCUCUGCGGGAGGGGGCGAAGAAGGGCGAGUCACCACCACCAUCGUACGCAACGGCACCGGCGGCUCAGGUUCCGCGUCCGGGUCCGGCUCCACCGCGAGGAUUACAUCCAGUUCCGGAUCAGGAUCCAGUUCCGCCUCCGCAGGAUCCAGCUCCCGGUCUGGGUCGGGGUCCAGUUCCAGUACAGGAUCUAGCACCAGCUCUGGUUCCAGUUCAAGCUCCAGUUCGGCGGGUGGUUAUGAUAAUCAGUAUGGCGAGAGUUAUGACAUGAGCUAUGCAGAGGAGUAUGGCGAGAGCUACAACGAGCACUACAGUACUGGAGGUGAAGGCACCAGCAGCGUGUCUGUAGGGGGCGGGUCCGUGUCUGCAGGGGGCGGGUCCGUGUCGAUCGGAGGAUCGGUCUCAGCGGGAGGCGGCUCGGUCUCCGCGACCGGUUCGGCAGGAGGCACCGGCGGAUCUUCUAGUGCGGGGGCGGGGUCUGUCGCCACGGAAAUGGGACAGGGAGGAGUCGACGGUGAGGAGGGCUACCCUGAACUGGAUGAAUUCAAGGAGGAGUCCAUCCCGGAUUACACAGAAAUGGAGACGAUUUACGAUUACAAAAACUACUACAGCGAGAGCGACAAAGUCCUGCCCGCCCAGAUCGACAGCUACACUGAACAGGUGGAGGGAUCCAGAGGAGAGAAGGGACAGAAGGGAGAGCCAGCUGUCAUUGAACCGGGUAUGUUGGUGGAGGGUGCUCCUGGUCCUGAGGGUCCAAGUGGGCUUCCUGGUCCUCCAGGUUCAACAGGUCCCCCAGGAUCUUCUGGAGAGCCUGGUGAAAGGGGCCCUCCUGGUCGCCCUGGCCUUCCUGGUGCUGACGGACUGCCAGGACCCCCAGGGACUGUCCUGAUGCUGCCUUUCCGGAUGAGCUCAGGGGGAGAUGCUAGUCACAAAGGACCUGCAGUGUCUGCCCAAGAGUCCCAGAUGCAGGCCAUCAUGCAGCAAGCCAGGCUGGCAAUGAGGGGUCCAACUGGUCCUAUGGGCUUGACAGGCCGACCCGGACCCCUGGGUCCUCCAGGUGUGGCUGGACUUAAGGGAGAAUCUGGAGAUCAGGGACCUCAGGGUCCUCGUGGUCCAAUGGGUUCUGCUGGCCCUCCUGGAAAGUCUGGCAGAAGGGGUCGUGCUGGAGCAGAUGGUGCUAGAGGAAUGCCAGGCCAGUCUGGACCAAAGGGAGAGAGAGGUUUUGACGGCCUAGCUGGAUUACCCGGUGAAAAAGGACACAGGGGUGAGUCAGGACCUCAGGGACCCCCGGGACCCCCAGGAGAAGAUGGAGAAAGAGGCGACGAUGGUGAGGUCGGACCCAGGGGUCUGCCUGGUGAACCGGGGCCUCGUGGUUUGUUGGGACCUAAGGGGCCCCAGGGCCCUUCCGGUACUCCUGGUGUCACAGGAAUGGAUGGCCAUCCUGGUCCCAAAGGAAACAUUGGACCCCAGGGUGAACCCGGCCCCCCUGGACAACAAGGAAACCCUGGUGCUCAGGGACUCCCAGGGCCACAAGGAGCCAUUGGAGCCCCAGGAGACAAGGGGCCAACAGGAAAGCCAGGGUUGCCAGGCAUGCCAGGAGCUGAUGGACCUCCGGGACACCCAGGAAAGGAAGGGCCAACUGGUGAGAAAGGAAACUUGGGGCCACCUGGAGCACAGGGACCCAUUGGCUAUCCCGGAUCCAGAGGUGUGAAGGGUGCUGAUGGAGUUCGUGGGCUGAAAGGGAACAAGGGUGAAAAGGGAGAAGACGGCUUCCCUGGAUUUAAAGGGGACAUGGGAAUCAAGGGAGACAGGGGUGAACUUGGACCAUCAGGACCCAGAGGAGAAGACGGACCUGAGGGACCGAAAGGCAGAUCUGGUCUCCCUGGAGACGCUGGACCCAUCGGCUCAUCAGGAGAGAAGGGCAAGCUUGGUGUUCCAGGGUUGCCAGGUUACCCUGGAAGACAAGGACCAAAGGGUUCUCAAGGAUUCCAAGGAUUCCCGGGAGCCAAUGGAGAAAAGGGAACAAGGGGAACAGCUGGAAAGCCAGGCCCCAGGGGACAGCGGGGACCUACUGGGCCUCGUGGAGAGAGGGGACCCAGGGGGCCCACAGGGAAAGCAGGGCCCAAGGGCAACUCAGGAAGUGACGGACCCCCAGGACCUCCUGGUGAAAGGGGUCUGACUGGACCUCAGGGACCGACUGGAUUCCCAGGACCUAAGGGCCCUCCUGGACCACCUGGAAAAGACGGACUGCCUGGACACCCUGGCCAGAGAGGAGAGACGGGUUUCCAAGGCAAGACGGGUCCACCCGGGCCUCCCGGCGUGCUUGGCCCUCAGGGACCAACAGGUGAGACUGGACCGAUGGGAGAAAGAGGCCACCCUGGACCUCCGGGACCGCCAGGUGAGCAGGGUCUGCCAGGACCUGCCGGAAAAGAAGGCACCAAGGGAGAUCCAGGCCCCGCUGGCCCACCUGGUAAAGACGGACCCCAGGGUCUACGCGGUUUCCCUGGGGAGAGAGGAUUACCCGGCCCUGUCGGAUCUGCAGGUUUGAAAGGGAAUGAAGGCCCACCAGGCCCUCCCGGACCUGCUGGUUCUCCCGGUGAGCGUGGCCCCGCUGGUCCGGCGGGACCCACUGGCCUCCCAGGACGACCUGGACCUCAGGGACCCCCAGGCCCAGCCGGAGAGAAGGGUGGACCAGGAGAGAAAGGUCCCCAAGGACCUGCUGGUAGGGAUGGGAUUCAGGGUCCUGUGGGUCUGCCUGGCCCCGCCGGACCCCUCGGACCGCCAGGAGAGGACGGAGACAAGGGUGAGAUCGGCGAGCCCGGACAGAAAGGGAGCAAAGGGGAUAAAGGCGAACAGGGUCCCCCUGGACCAACCGGUCCCCAAGGCCCCGUCGGCCAGCCCGGCCCCUCUGGGGCAGAUGGAGAGCCUGGUCCCAGAGGACAGCAGGGUCUGUUUGGGCAGAAAGGAGAUGAGGGAGCACGAGGGUUCCCUGGACCACCAGGACCUAUUGGCCUUCAGGGUCUGCCUGGAUCUCCUGGCGAGAAAGGAGAGACUGGAGAUGUUGGUCACAUGGGUCCCCCUGGUCCCCCUGGUCCUCGAGGACCCUCGGGACCCCCAGGAGCUGAUGGACCCCAGGGCCCUCCGGGAGGCAUCGGAAACCCCGGGUCCGUGGGAGAGAAGGGCGACCCUGGUGAGCCUGGAGAACCUGGUCUGCAGGGAGAAGUUGGUCCUCUGGGUCCGAGAGGAGAGCGAGGAGAGAAGGGUGAGGCAGGACCUGCAGGAGCGGCUGGCCCCCCGGGCCCUAAGGGCCCUCUUGGAGACGAUGGCCCCAAAGGCAGCCCGGGCCCAAGUGGUUUUCCCGGUGACCCUGGUCCCCCUGGAGAGCCCGGUCAGCCCGGUUUAGAUGGUUCCCCUGGUGAUAAGGGCGACGACGGAGAGCCCGGCCAGCCUGGCUCUCCAGGGCCAACUGGAGAAUCAGGCCCCACGGGUCCUCCAGGGAAGAGGGGUCCUCUUGGACCAGCAGGACCUGAGGGACGGCAGGGAGAGAAAGGAGCCAAGGGUGAGGCUGGUCUGGAAGGUCCGACCGGUAAGACUGGCCCCGUCGGACCCCAGGGUGCUCCAGGAAAGCCAGGUUCUGAAGGCCUGAGAGGAAUCCCCGGUCCAGUGGGUGAGCAAGGUCUUCCCGGACCCCCUGGCCCUGACGGACCCCCUGGACCCAUGGGACCUCCUGGUCUACCUGGUCUCAAGGGAAACACUGGAGUUAAAGGAGAAAAGGGACAUCCCGGUCUGAUCGGACUGAUUGGACCGCCCGGCGAACAGGGAGAGAAAGGAGACAGAGGCCUGCCAGGACCACAGGGAACAUCUGGACCUAAAGGAGACACUGGUAUUGCUGGACCUGCUGGACCCCUCGGACCCAUUGGACCUCCUGGAUUACCCGGCCCUCCUGGGCCUAAAGGAGCUAAAGGAUCAAGUGGUCAGACAGGACCGAAAGGGGAGAUAGGUACCCCAGGACCCCCAGGCCUGCCGGGUCCACCCGGCGACGUCAUCCACCCACUGCCCAUCCAGUCGAGCUCCAAGCGGGCGAGAAGGGCCAUCGACGGCAGCAAGCUGGCGGACGAUGUGGCCGACGGCGCCUACAAAGACUACGAGGACGGCAUGGAGGAGAUCUUCGGCUCGCUCAACUCCCUGAAGCUGGAAAUCGAGCAGAUGAAGCACCCGCUCGGAACGCCAAGCAACCCAGCGCGGACCUGCAAGGACCUGCAACUCAGCCAUGUCCACUUCCCCGACGGCGAGUACUGGAUCGACCCGAACCAGGGCUGUGCUCGGGACUCCUUCAAGGUCUACUGCAACUUCACGGCCGGCGGCGAGAGCUGCAUCUUCCCCGAUAAGAAGAGCGAAGGGACUAGGCUCACCUCCUGGGUGAAAGAGAAACCAGGCUCCUGGUACAGUGAAUUCAAACGCGGUAAACUGCUGUCCUAUGUGGACGCCGAGGGCAACCCGAUUGGCGUGGUCCAGAUGACCUUCCUGCGCCUGCUGAGCGCCACGGCACGGCAGAACCUCACCUACAGCUGCUACCAGUCCGUCGCCUGGCACGACCAGGUUCUCAGCUCCUACGACAAGGCCAUCCGCUUCCUGGGCUCCAACGACGAGGAGAUGUCCUAUGACAACAACCCCUACAUCAGAGCCGCCGUCGACGGAUGCGCGUUGAAAAAGGGCUACGAAAAGACUGUGCUCGAGAUCAACACGCCCAAAGUGGAGCAGGUACCGUUCGUGGACAUCAUGUUCAACGAUUUCGGAGGCGCGACGCAGAAGUUCGGCUUUGAGGUCGGCCCCGCCUGCUUCCUCGGCUAAGACUGCUCGCCGAUCGCACCAGAGACCAACCCUUUUUCAUUCUCUCCCGAGAGCAAAACACGAGAACGGAAUAGGACAUAUUUGUAAAGUUUUGUGUUUCCAAAUAAACCACCAUCUACAACAGAUCACAGAAAGGAAAUUAAAAUUUAAAAAAAAAAUUGAAGAAAAUAAAAAAUGGAUUUUCCAAAAUAAUAAUUAAAUCACAUGAUGGCAAAUAACGAGCUUUUAAAGAUCGGCAACCUUUUUAACCUCAGUGUAUCCUCUUUAUCACAUGCAAGUUUUGAAACUGGAUGAGUUGAAUGCUGGCUACCUGAUUCCCUCCGAUCCCUGUGCUGACACUCGCCCGCCCCAACCGCCUUAUUCGGACCCUCUGUUCGCAGUCAGCCACUUAUAUCCUCCACCCGUGCUUCAUAGGUUUAGGGGGCGGAGUGGCUCCAUCCUUCAUGCACGUUUCCUGAGGUGGAGGCCUACGCGCUCACGCCAUCGUGUUGUAGCUCUCUGGGUUCCUGCUCCAUCGCGCAGCUGACCAGACCCCCAUGGUCCCAUUUCCCUCACUGACCUAUCGCCUUUUCCGUUCCCGUACUGUGUAGGCUUGUAAGCACAUCCUGCGUGUUUUCUUCCCUUGGUUACGGUUUAGCCCUCGCCUCGUUCCGGCUUCAAAACACGCAUGUGGACACAGUGACCGAGAAGGAUAGCGCGGCUGCUGAUUGGUGCAAUUAAACUCACCCCUCCCACCCAACCCCCACCCCUCCCCUCCAAAAAAACAAAUAUUGAUGAGCUUGAAGAAAAUUGGAUAUCGGCAACACGGAUAAUUAAAGGUGGCGCGGAGAGCCGAGGAUGCCGUCUCUUUGCAGGUCUGACGCGCAUCUGGCGGUUCCUUUCUGUGUACUUUCAAGCGACAGAAUAAAAGGGCAAUGCCAGCGCCAGCGAGCACUCACCGGCUCCACGCGAGCGCCUCACGUGGCCAACCGUCAGGAGGCCUGAUGCUGGACCGCCUGGGCUCUCUCAGGUGCUCGAGCGUGACGUGGCCGACUCUGGUCCGUUCGGGCGACUGAGCAAGUACACCGUCUAGCCCUUUUGCUUCCAACACUUCUGCGCUUGCGUCGUAACACGUGAUGGGAGACCGUGUCAUCGAGGAAACACAGUAUCACUAAACUAGGUGCUAUGUCCUUCUGCCUGUGGUGCUAUUUACAUACAUAUAUUUCUGCUUUUUUUUCAUUGUUGUUUGUUUAUUUGGCUAAAUUGAAAAUGAUUCACCAACGGUGUUUCCACUUCCUGUUUUCAGUUGGGGGAAGGGGGUUUUUUUUGGGGUUUUUUUUUUGAGGGUUAUCGACACCUGAGUGUUGUGUGGGGAAAUAUUUCUGUGCAUGCCAGUCCCUGUUAUUAUUGCGUCAGACCAAACACGUGUUUCUCCUCCUAAGUAAUGCCUUCCUCUCUUUACCUGCAACCCCACACAGUAAGAUGCUGUCAGCAUGCAACCUUGUAAUUAGGCGCUUUUCUCUGAGGUAACUUAAGUACCUUAAUGUAGUCCUCUACAGCACAUGUAUUCAAAAGAAUCGACAAGAAUUUUGUUUCAAAAAAGAAAAAGGAAAAAGUAUAGCAAUUAGUUCGCAGUGUUUGUGGACCUGGAGCAAUUCCGCUAUGCAAAUGAGUGCAAUGGAUCACCUGCUCACCUCAAGUUUCUCAAACUGACAGUCAGAGGUGCAGAAGAGUUUCGUUAGAGAGAAUGCCAGUAAUGGCAGCAGCAGAGGCGAUUCUUCCUCUGCUUUGUUUUUUGGGUUGGUUUUUUUUUUGGGGGGGGGGGGUGUUGUUUUGUUUUGUUUUGUUUUGUUUUGCCAGGGAGGACUUGACCUCUGAUCCCAGAGCACAAUUUCCCAAGAGCACAGACUCAUUCCAGCUCUCCAGCCAAAGAUAUCACAGCUUUACACUUCAUAUCACACACUUGAAGACCAAAAAAGUUUAAAAAUCGAAAAAUCAGUUUAUGGAAGAUUGUAUAAUCAUGUCAUAGAUAGAUUAAGCCUGUGUUGUUGUUGUUUUUUAAUUUUAUAUCACACAUGCAUAAUUCCCAAAAGGCCUGGAUUAUAUUGACUUUUUUUCAUGGAGUGGGAUGGUUUAUUAUGGCUGAAUUUUUCCCCUCUGUUCUUUUGCCACUAGCAGACUUCCUUGUGCACUUCCCGUGAGCUUAGACCACUAUGCCAGCUACUGCCCAGCCUUUACCUUCUGUUCAGCUUAAACAUGACUUGAACUGCUUUUUAAAGAUCAUGCAGAACAAAAAAAAAGAUCAAAACAAUUCAUCAUAACAUAAUAAUAUAAAGAAUGACUAUUUCUGUAAAUGUCCAAAAAAAGGGGGUGGGGAACAGCAGUGUUUCUGCCAAAUUAAUAUUUUUUUUUCUGUUUUUUAUGUUUGCCUGUUUGUGUGUUUUGAGGUCUUGUUAAACCUGUGUAAGAGAGGAUAGAAGAUAUAUUGGUUUUGUGUCAAUAAAUUCAAGUUUACUGUGGCCACCCUUGUAUGACUUUUGAAGCAUUAAACACCUAUCUGUAUGCAUGAAAA